GAAGCCGAUGAAUUUCAUCUAAUCUUCGAGUAACAGCGAGAGAGAGCUGCGAUAUAUAUUUGGAAAUGGCAGAAAAAGACCAAGUGACCCUCCAUGGGAUGUGGGCGAGCCCGUACAACAAAAGGGUCGAACUCGCGCUGAAAGUGAAGGGGAUCGAAUAUGAAUAUGUAGAAGAAGAUCUAACGAACAAGAGCUCCUUGCUGCUCCAAUACAACCCUGUCCACAAGAAGAUUCCUGUCCUGGUCCACAACGGGAAGCCCGUUGCAGAAUCACUCGUGAUCCUCGAGUACAUUGACGAGACAUGGAAGCACAGUCCUCGGCUGCUGCCGGACGAUCCAUAUGAAAGAGCCAAAGUUCGGUUCUGGGCUGACUUUCUGCAGCGGCAGAUGUUCGAGGCCGUGUCUCUAGUGGUGAAAACCGAAGGGGAAGCACAAGUGAGAGCCAUCGAGCAAGUCCACGAGAAACUGAAGCUGUUGGAAGAAGGGAUCAAGGGCUGCUUACCGGGAGGAUCCCCAGGCGUAAAUGGAGAGAGCAUGGGACUCCUGGACAUCAUCAUGUGUACGAUCUUCGGUCCACAUAAGGUUCAAGAAGAAGUUCUCGGCGUGAGAUUCAUAGACCAGGAGAAGUAUCCGCUCGUGUCAUCCUGGGUCAAGUCCCUCAUUGAGCAUCCUGUGGUGCAAGAGUUGAUUCCUCCUCAUGAGAAGGUUGUGGGUCUUCUCCGGUAUCUCAGAGAGAACGCACUCCGGUCUUCUUCGGCAUGACGUGAUCGCGUCAUAAUGGCUUUCACUGCUUGAGAAUAAAAACUGGAAUGCGGGAUGUCGCACUGGUUCCUUGUGGUUGUAUUUCUUCGGUUUACUUUCUAUGCUUGUGAAAAAUGAUGUCCAAUAUCUUCUGCAACGAAUUGAUGACGUGAAAAUGAAGUUGAAUAACUGAGCAUUUCCAAUGAAAAAACAGAUAAAGACUUUGGUUGUGA